AGAGCGAGCGAGCGCGAGCAGGCGAGGCGACCAGAGUCGAAGCGGCGGGUCGGGUGGCCGAGCCGGCGAGCGGACCAGAGAGAGACGAGCGGUGCGGAGCGCGCGGGGCACCGAGGAGCGGGCGCGGCGGGCACAGCGCGCGGCGGCCGGAGCGGAGGGGCCCGAGCGGCGCCGCCUCCGCGGUCCCUGCGGGGCCCCGGCCGGGAGCCCAACGAGGGAGGGGGCGGCAUGGCCCGGAGGCCCGGGGAGCGGGGGCGCUAGGCCCCCAGAGCGCGCCCCCCGUCCGGCUCCCGCCGCCGCCACCCUCCGCAGCCGCGUGCCUGCCCGCUCCAGCCGCCCCAGGGGCCGCCAGCGGCCCAUGAGCCCCGGCCUCAAAGUUUGCGGCGGGCGGGCGGGCGCGGAGCCUCCAAGAUGCCGUUCCACCCGGUGACGGCGGCGUUGAUGUACCGGGGCAUCUACACCGUGCCCAACCUGCUGUCGGAGCAGCGCCCCGUGGACAUCCCCGAGGACGAGCUGGAGGAAAUCCGUGAGGCCUUCAAGGUGUUUGACCGUGACGGCAAUGGGUUCAUCUCCAAGCAGGAGCUGGGCACAGCCAUGCGCUCCCUGGGCUAUAUGCCCAACGAGGUGGAGCUUGAGGUCAUCAUCCAGAGGCUGGACAUGGAUGGUGAUGGUCAAGUGGACUUUGAAGAGUUUGUGACCCUCCUGGGACCCAAGCUGUCUACCUCAGGGAUCCCAGAGAAGUUCCAUGGCACUGACUUUGACACAGUUUUCUGGAAGGGUGGGGACUGUGGCGUCGGCCAGAGCACUGUGUCCCUCCCUAAGUGCGACAUGCAGAAGCUGACAGUGGAUGAGCUGAAGCGGCUGCUCUAUGACACCUUCUGUGAGCACCUAUCCAUGAAGGACAUAGAGAACAUCAUUAUGACGGAAGAGGAGAGCCACCUGGGCACAGCUGAAGAGUGCCCUGUGGACGUGGAGAGUAAGUGGGCCCAGAACCCCAUGGGUGGGCCCAGCUGCUUGAGCAGGGGGAUAUACCAGGGAUUUGUAGAGGGGGGCUGGGGGGCCUUCUUGCCUGUCUCAAGUCUCUGUCCCAGUGUGCCCCAUAGGAUAAGCCUUGACCCUAUCGCUUCAAUGUCCCCUUCUAUCUCCCCCACUCCCUGCUGCUCCUGGCGGACGGCCACAGCUUGCUCCAACCAGCAGAUCCGUCAGACGUGUGUGCGCAAGAGUCUGAUUUGCGCCUUCGCUAUCGCCUUCAUCAUCAGCGUCAUGCUCAUUGCGGCCAACCAGGUGCUGCGCAGUGGCAUGAAAUAGGCACCAC